UUCAAAGUUCUACAGUGUUUCCAGCUAGACUUGAGAUGAGAAGAAGCCAUCUGAACUUGAGGAUUAGGAGAAACACGGAGCAGUGUUCUGACUGGGAAAGAAAGACAAGCAGCUCUGAGCAAGUCAUCAAUAUGGGGUUAUAAACCCUUUCUUCUCCAAUUUAUGCUCUGUAUGUUUGUCUGAUAAUUUUGAACAAGUAUAUUUCUGAGAAGUGGCUUACACCAUUUUCACCAUUUUGUUCAGCCCUUCUUCAAGAAGACUGAGGUUUUUUAAAUGAUUGCCAAGAAUGUCUUCCUUCUCUGACUGAAGAGUCAAGAUGCCCUGAAGGAAUCUCCUUGUUCUAGUAUUGUUUUUCACUGAUGUUUCUUUUAGAUGGUUAGAAAACUUUUGCUGUUUAAGGGCAAACUACUCUAGCUUAUUCCCGAUUCAUCUGCUCAAAAAAAUUCCUUGCAAACUCUUUUCACACUUGAAGCUGAUUAACUCUGAGUAGGUCAGUCACAGGAAACUGAUGAGUAACCAAUAAAAAUGCAAUAACCUGUCAGCAUCUAGCAAAAGAUAUCAUUAGUUCUCCCAGUGCCUGGUAUUUUUUGUGACUUGUAUUGAUGCUCCAGUGAUUAACGCCAAAUUCCCUUAGUGAAUAAUAACUUUAUUCUAUUGUAAGUUCAUUUUAAAUGCAGUUUACUAUUCAGCUGCUGAUGAAUCUGUUUUCAGAGCUUUGUUCAGCCUCUUGGUUGUGUUUUGUGUACUUUGAGGUUUCAUGUCUCCUGUACUUGGUUAUAAAACAAUGUUUUGAAGACUUGUAAGUGCCUCAAGAGGUGGGGGUAAGAAAAGUCUUUUGUUUCCCACCCUCCCCAGUCAAAUAAUUGUUCUCGUUCUGAAGAUCUUAUUUUUCUCUUGUUGCGUCAGAAAUUCUCAAUCUAUACUGUAUCCAUUUGAAAAUAAAAAUCCAUACAUAAAGUGAAAUUUUUCACCAUAAUCUGAUCAUGUGGCAUUUUCUUGAUCUGUAAUGAAGAAAAUGUUUUGACAUUGUCAUCAAACCCUUCCUUUCCUGCCCAAACAUGGGAGAUGUGCAAUGGAGGGCAGAGCAGGGAGUGUGUGUCUAUGUUGCGUGACAUCACUUUCUCCUAACGUCAACUUUGUAAAAGAAAAAAUACUUGAACAUCAAAACUUGAAUGUAAGAAGCGUGACUCUGCAGGGAAGAAACUGUACUGAGUGACUGUUGUAUAUAUACAUACAUGAACAGAUGCCAGAGCGUUUAUAUUUAACUGCUUCUCUUGCUCAGGAGAGGCAAGAACAUUUCCAGAAGAUUGUCUUGGAAGGCACAGAAAGAAUGGAGGAUCAGGGUCAGAGCAUCAUUCCAAUGCUGACAGGAGAAGUCAUUCCUGUAAUGGAACUCCUUUCAUCUAUGAAAUCACACAGUGUUCCAGAACAAAUAGAUAUAAGUGACACAGUGCUAAAUGAUGAUGACAUUGGGGAUAGUUGCCAUGAAGGCUUUCUCCUCAAUGCAAUUAGUUCACACCUGCAGACCUGUGGUUGUUCUGUAGUCAUAGGAAGCAGUGCAGAAAAAGUUAAUAAGAUUGUGAGGACAUUGUGCCUGUUUCUCACACCAUCUGAGCGGAAGUGUUCCAGACUGUGUAGAAGUGAAUCCCCUUUCAAAUAUGAGUCAGGACUUUUUGUUCAAGGCUUACUCAAGGAUGCAACCGGAAGCUUUGUGUUGCCCUUCCGUCAAGUAAUGUAUGCCCCAUACCCUACUACACAUAUAGAUGUGGAUGUCAAUACAGUGAAGCAGAUGCCCCCUUGUCAUGAACACAUCUAUAACCAACGACGAUACAUGAGAUCUGAGCUGACAGCAUUUUGGAGAGCUAAUUCAGAUGAAGAAAUGUCCCAAGAUCAUAUUAUCCACACAGAUGAAAGUUUCACACCUGAUUUAAAUGUUUUUCAAGAUAUUGUGCAUAGAGAUACAUUAGUAAAAGCCUUCCUGGAUCAGAUCUUUCAUCUGAAGCCUGGCUUGUCUCUAAGGAAUACUUUCCUUGCACAAUUUCUGCUAGUCCUUCACAGGAAAGCCUUAACUUUAAUAAAGUACAUAGAGGAUGACACGCAAAAAGGCAAAAAGCCUUUUAAGUCUCUUCGUAGCUUAAAGACAGAUCUUGACUUGACAGCAGAGGGCGAUCUUAACAUAAUAAUGGCUUUGGCGGAGAAGAUUAAACCCGGUCUACACUCCUUUAUCUUUGGGAGGCCGUUCUACACUAGUGUACAAGAACGUGACAUGCUCAUGACGUUUUGAAGUCUUCCUUGCAUCUGAUAUUGCAGUCCUGUAGAGCACAUAAUCUGUCGGUGUGACCAUCACACUGGUGACAAGCAUUGAGGACUGAGGGUGAAGCAUGAAGAACACAGUAACAUUGAGGUCUGUCUCCAAGCAGUAGGGGUGUUGUUAGAGGGAAUUUCAGCUUAGCUAGAUAAGCAUGAUUUUAAUUAAUUGAUAUCUUCUGUGUGUUUUUUAACUGUAAAUGUUACCAGAGGUUCCUUGGUCAUAUUGGCUCAGUGGAUAAAUGUGAAUAUAUUUUGGUGUAUGAUAAAAGGAAGCAUUUUAAUUUUUAUUGCCCAGAGACUUCUUUCAGGUGUGUGUCAGAUUUUUCCUGUUCUGCUGUGUCAGUAUUUUCAGUGUUUCCAUAGAAAAUAGUACAUAUUCCUUUCUAACUGUGGAGGUUGCAGAAAAGGCGGCUUCCAAGGGUUUCAGAGUUUUUAAAACUGUUGUUAUUAUGUCUGUGGUGCAAAUCUUAAAUACGACUUUUACUUAUCUGCCUCUUUUAAAACUACUGUCUCCUUCCUUUAGAGCAUUUAAACAUAUUUGGAAUUUUUAAUAUACUACAAAGUGCUAUUUCUGGGUGCAGACCGUUGAUUAUUUGCAGCUUAAAUAGCAGUACAUUGCACAUGGGAAUUAGGUCAUUAUUCAAGCAGCUUUGUGCAUGUAGGUGCCAAGCAGGAUACUCUUGUCAUAUAUUUCUGGCCUAUUCUUUAUGGAGUGGUCAGUGAUCAGCUAAUUUAGGUCUUUCAAAACAUAAAACAGAAGACUUGUGUCAUUCCACAGCAGUUGUCAGUCUUUCUGUGUGUAAACUACCACUGGUAUUUGCGCU